GGAAGAUCUGUUGGACAGUUUGCGUUCGGCAAGAAUGUCACUCGAUCGUGAAGGCGCAUAAUAUUUGUUGUGGAAGGUCCUGUCCAGCAAGAACUAUCGUUACUUUGGACGGCAACAAAACCUCUCUCUCUCUUUUUCAUUCAGCCAUGGAGUCCAUGAACAACAGCAACAGCAACGGCAGCAACAAUGGGAGCGGCGCUCCUACCGGAUCUGUCACUACUGAAGCGCUGCUUUCGUCGGGAUUGACAGCCGAAUUGAUGGCCCAAGAAAUAUUCAGCUUUUUGGACCGAAAAUCUGUUUUGAGUGGCAUCCAAGUAUCUGCGGUGGAAAAUUGUUUUCAAUUGACAAGCUACUACUGCUCUGAUCAUGGAAGCAAGCUGGAGUGCCAAAAGGCUCUUCGCGAAGAGCUUCAAAAGGAGCAUCCAUGGUUGACAAAGGUUGACAGCGAUUCCGCCAAUGCUGCUGCCACGAAAGAAAUAAUGGAGUGCGAAGUUUGUGUCCAUGUCGAAUAUGACUAUGAUCGUUGCCCUUUUUGCCAAGAAUUUCACCACGUGCACGAUAAUAUGAAUACAUGCGACAAGCCUGCAUGUGGCAAGAUGGCCUGCCGUUCCUGCGUGGACAAUGGCAUUGGGCUGGAAUACUGCGACCAUUGCCAUGCAUGGUCGUGCCAAGAUUGUGUACCACACGAGUUUUGUCACGCUUGUGAUGGGAUUUUCUGUUUCACCUGCCGAAAUUUCGUAAACUGCCCCGAUUGCGGCCGGUCUCUUGGAUGUGAGCCUUGUUGUUUGGCAGAUGACUAUUAUUUAGCACAUGAUGAUGUUCUUGUGUGUCAACAAUGUGGAAAGGCGCAUUGUUACUUUUGCUCUUGUGGUUGUGUGUGUGAUACUACCAACUGAAUCUGCAAAGAAAAAGAAUGACAUGACAUGCUUGACUAGGCAUGUACGUACACGGGGAGAAAGGGACACACCAGAAUUUUACUAGUUUAUAAUCUCAACUACUAGCUAGCUACAUGUAACCUCACAAUCGAAAGCAC